CAGACAGCAUUUGACAUAAAAAUCCUACUUAUAUUAAGAGCUGCGAGUUUUCACGUGUGCCGACAAAAAAAAGUCGACCUAAAUAAUGGUUUUGCGACUUGGCUAAUUGACACCAUCUAACGGAUAUUGCUUUAGACAAGGGAACUUAAUCAGGAGGCUAAAUUAGUUCGAAACAGUUGUGAGGAUGUGUGCGGGAGGUGCAGCAUAAAGCAGGUGCGGCGUAAAAUCGCACGACUGAUGCACGGAAACCCUGCUCUGAGACCUUGUCCGUCUCAAGUCCGACGCGAUGCCCACAACUGACUGGGACAACAUGGUAGAGGAAGUCAUUUUCUGUUGGGGGCUGUGGACCAUCCUCAUCCAGGUGGGGUUGGGGACAUCUGCAGCUGAACUUCCUUGGUCUUGUCCUCAGAUAUGUGACUGCCGCCAAGAGAAGCUGCAAGUGAACUGUUCUAAUAAGCACCUGACUAGUAUACCCAGUGGCUUCCCUGUAUAUUCUCAGAGCUUGAACUUGUCACACAACAAACUGAGAAUACUAGGUCCCCGGCAGCUCUCAAAUCUUACUCAAUUAUUGGAGCUUGACCUAAGCUAUAACAAUAUCUCCAUGGUCGAGGUGGAGGCUUUUCAAGGGCUUCAGAAAUUGCGCAUCCUUUGUCUUAAGCACAACCUUCUAAAGAUUAUCCCUGUUGGAGUGUUCACUGGGCUACCCAGUCUAUACUUGCUAGACUUGAGUGACAAUGAGAUUCUUGUCUUCCUGGACGACUCGUUUCGUGAGCUGGUCAACUUGCACGUGCUUGAAAUAGGGGUAAAUGACCUGGUCUUCAUUUCCCAUCGAGCCUUUGCAGGUAUCCAAAACCUCCAGGACCUCAAUGUGGGCCGCUGUAAUUUGACCUCCAUUCCCACAGAGGCACUGUCCCAACUCCUGAGUCUCACUCGUCUCAGGUUUCACCGACUCAGCAUUAGCAUGUUGCCCAGUAAUUCUUUUCGCCAACUGAAUAGGCUACGUAGCCUUGAAAUCUCCAACUGGCCAGUACUGGAUACACUGGCUAGCAGCAGCUUGAUUGGCCUCAAUCUUACCUCCCUCACCAUCAGCAAAUGCAACCUUACUGUCGUCCCUUACACAGCACUCCACCACCUGGCCUACCUCAGAUACUUGGACCUGUCAUAUAACCCCAUAACCACAGUGCAUAGGAACCUUCUCAGUGACCUGCUUCGUCUGCAGGAGUUCCACCUGGCUGGGGGACACCUACUAAAGAUUGAGCUAGGAGCCUUCAUAGGACUAGUCCGCUUUAAUCUUCUCAAUGUAUCAUCAAAUCGGCUCUCCACACUCGAGGAAGGUGUCUUUCACUCGGCAGGAAAUUUGAAGAUCCUGAGACUCGAUGGCAAUCCUCUGGCAUGUGACUGCCGCUUGUUGUGGGUCAUGCGCGCGCGCCAGAGCCUGGAUUUUGAUGGCCAUCAACCCUCCUGCUCUUCACCGGGAAUAGUACAGGAGCGAGAGCUGCGGGAUUUCCGUGACACUGAGGUGUCGCGCUUCUUCACCUGCAGGAAGUCGCGCAUCGUCGAUCUCAGGCCUCAGGAAAUUAAAGUGAAAGAGGGAAACAGCGUGACUAUUCACUGCAAGGCAGACGGGGAUCCCCCACCCUCCAUCUCCUGGAUGACCAGUAAGCGUACACCCCUGUUAUCAAAAGGAAGAAUCCGUGUUUUGGCCAACGGCACUCUGGAGGUUCAGUUUGCACAGACUCAGGACGGCGGCACUUUUCUAUGUGUUGCAAGCAACGCUGCGGGAAACGACAGCGUCUUUAUCACCUUGCGUGUGCUGGGUGACCGCUUCUUCCGCAAUUACUCCGAAGAGGGCUGGAAGUUUGCAAACGGCACGUCCGCCCAAGUUCAGAAUCGCUUACCGUUCGAUGCCAAGACCUUAGUCAUUGCCAUGACUAUGGGCUUUCUGUCAUUUCUCAGCUCAGUCGCCAUCUGCUUUGUCUUCAUAUUCUUCUGGAGCCGGGGAAAGGGUCAGAUAAAACGCAACUCCACCAUCGAGUUUGUGCCUCAGAGACCCAUGGGAGGUGGAGCAGGAGGAGACUCGCGAUUCACAAUGAAACUCAUUUACGGGAACCUCUACUCCGCGUUAUCGGCGUUCGGCCGCCACAGGGGCUCCAUCCAGCGGACCUUCGGCUCCCGCAGACUGCUGAAGUCCGAGGGCAAAUGGCUGCUGAAUCCCACGUUUGCUGGGGCGGCUGUAAUCCCAGCUCCUCAGAAAUUCAAAGAAGAAAUUUACUUCUUCUUCACCGAGGCGGACGAUGGUGGCACCAAAGCAGUAUUACCCGACUCCUGGACCACCUUCAUGAAAGCUCGCGUGAUGUGCGGAUUCCGUAACACCUCGCAGCAGUAUAACAACAUCAGACAGGCCAGUGUGCUAACUGCCCGUGAAAACAGAACUGGCGUGAUGUACGGCCUCUUCUCCAACGCCUGGGACACGACGGUGGUGUGUGCAUACUCUAUAGAAGACAUUAACCUAGCCUUCACCACAUCUAAACUGAAGGGCUAUAGCCUGUCCGUGGCAGGACAGCGGCCUGGAACGUGUAUUACAAAGAAUGUGUCGCUGGCUUUGAACGCUAAGACCCUGGGCAUAAUACGAGACCAUCCAGAGAUCGAGACUGUGAUGAAGCCAGUAGGGGAAGCUCCUUUGGACCUGCCAACCUCCGACAAGUUUACCCAGAUAGUAGCCGAUUCCGUGCCGGCAGUCAAUGAGGAGCGUUACGGUGUUUUGUACUUGGGAACGGAAAAGGGUGAAGUCCUCAAGGUCUUGCAUACAGCUGAUGAAGCCUUCAUCAUCUCCCAGUACUCACUCUUCCAGAACCAGGGCCCAGUCACUGCCAUGGCCAUCGACUCCCAGAGGUGCAAUCAUCCAAAGUCUCGACUCGUCCAACACCUCUUUGUGCGAAGAAUCCACCGGUUAAAUUCUCUAAAGAGCCGCAGCACUACUCCCAAGGAUGUGGUGGUGGACCCCGACGGGCCUGUCCUCCUGCCGUGCCCGAUACGCUCGUACCACGCCACCUACCGCUGGGAGAAGGACAACUGCAUCAAGCGUUAUCCCUGCUCCAUUCUGAACGGCUCCUGUGUGUUAGCACCUACCCCAGAUCUGCCUCUCAAGGAGGGCGUGUUCCGCUGCAUGUCGCUGGAGAACGGCCACAAGGAAGAGGUGGUGUCCUACCGGCUAGUUUUCAAUGGCGGGUCCCUGCCGGCCUCCCUAGCCUCCACCCUUGGUCCAUCCCUCCUCCUGGCUGCUGCCACAUCCAAAGACAUGCAGGUCCUAUGUUCAGGAAUUGGAAUUUAUAGAAUUAUAGUGGUUACUCUUUUGGUCAGUGCCUACUGCUCUUCUCUUCGUAUGCCACUGAAUAACAUCUGUGCCGUUUCCAAGGACAACCGCACAGCAGACUGCAGGGGGCGCUAUCUCAGUUACGUUCCCAUAGAGGUGCUCCCACUUUCACUGGAAGAGCUGGACCUGUCCUUAAAUGCACUGCAAGUAAUCCACGAAAGAGAUUUCUGUCCCCUCCGUUACCUGCGCGUCCUCAAACUUCAGUUCAAUAACAUCUCCUUGAUUGAAGACAGCGCAUUCAACUGUAACACCCUCCUGGAAGACCUUAACAUCUUCAACAACUCUCUAACAUCCAUUCCCGACAAAGCCCUGGAGCCCCUCACUAACUUGCAAAGCCUGGAUAUGUCCAACAAUUUAUAUCGCAAUGCCACUUUGUCUGAGGUCUUCUCCACAUUCACCAAACUAAAGAUACUGUCCUUGGGUGGUCCUCUCAUACCCUCUCUACAAAAGGGAGACUUUCAGUCUAUACAACAUAUAUACUUGGAAAAGUUUGCUAUCAAAAGUGCAUCUAGUCUCAGCCAAUAUGAACAAGGAUGUCUGAAGUUUAUCAGGACCAAAAAGAUGUGGUUUGAUGUGGCCUUAGACCUAAAGCCCACUUAUCUACCAAUGAUACUACAGGACUUGGCUAACAUGACUUUUAGUGAGCUUCGCUUUCGGAACCUUUUUGAAUUCAGGUACUACAUUGGUGAAGUGAACAUUUUCCAAGGUUUGAAAGACAUUAACAUGCAACAACUCAUUUUGUAUCGUGGGAAGUUCAAUGAGAAUGUUCUGAGGAAUGCUUUGGUCGACCUACAGCUUUCUCCGGUUAAAUCUCUAUCACUUCUAUCUCUUGAUUUUGCUCGGUCACCAAAAUUUUUGGAGUCUUAUGAGGACUCGAGCGUGACAGACCUUGUUCUGGAUGAUCUGAUUCUUCGGGAUAUCAGUAACCCGGACAUCUUGAGAUUUGACUCGCACUUCACAUGGUUUAGCAAGGUUCGGAGACUGACUAUUAGGAAUGUUAAUUUCAACUUCGUGCCUUGUGAUGCCUGGGAUGAGAUGGAAGUCAUAGAGUUAUUGGAUUUGUCUAAUAAUCAGUUACAGGACAGUUACCUCUAUAACAAGCAGUGUGACUAUGUGGGUAGAGUCCCUGCUCUCCAGCGUUUUAACAUCAGCACCAAUCACCUGAGCAGUCUGGUUGACGUAUCAGCUUUUGUGGGAGAAUUUAAAAAGCUGCAGGUGAUAGAUCUUAGCUAUAACCAGUUUGGCACCAGCAAAGAAGAGGGUGUAUGUCAUUGGAAGCAGAAUAUUACCACGAUGAUUCUUCAUCAUAAUGACUUUGGCAAGAGUGACUUAAGUUGCCUUCCAACCACCGUGCAGCGCCUGGACCUCUCCGACUGUAACCUGGACCACGUGGAUAUGGACUUCUUCCAGCAAGUCUCUAACUUGAAGGAACUCCUGCUCAGUGGCAACAAGAUCAAGUUCAUCCCUUCGGGGUGGAGUAAUCCAACCUUGCAUUCGCUGCAGUUGGAUGGGAACUCCUUUGGACUCAUCAGCAUGAGCUCCUUUAAGGAUAUGCCACGAUUAUCCCAACUAAAAGCAGGCAACAACCCAUACCACUGCACCUGUGAUCUUCACAGUUUUAUUCAGGAAUCUACAACCAAAGGGAAAGUCAAUAUCACAGACUGGCCGGGUAACUACAGAUGUUACCACCCCGAAGCCAUGCUUAAUACAUUGGUUGCUAAUUUUUUCCCUGGACUCUUAGUAUGUGACAUUCGACUUGUCAUUAUCAUCUCUGUGGUAACUACAGCAGCGGUGGUGCUGGUGCUCAUGCUGCUAUGCUACGUAUUUAACGUGCCUUGGUACACUAGAGCCAUUUGCCAUAUUAUCCGGGCAAAAUACCGAGCUUACCAGGAGGGACUCGGCAUUUCAAAGACCUUUGUCUAUCACGCCUUCAUUUCCUACAGCCAUUCGGAUGCUGAUUGGGUGAGAGACCAGUUGUUGACCUGCUUGGAAAGCAACAAGCCCCCGUAUGACAUUUGUAUUCAUGAAAGAGACUUCAUGCCAGGCAAAUGGAUCAUUGACAACAUCAUAGAGAACAUCGAGAACAGCCGAAAGGUAAUCUUCGUACUGUCGAAGCACUUUGUCAACAGUGAGUGGUGCAACUAUGAGCUGUACUUUGCUCAACAACGAGCCAUCGGCAAGACCUUCAGCGACGUCGUCCUGGUGCUUAAAGAGCCCAUUGACCCGGAUUCUUUGCCCAACAAGUAUUGCAAACUUAAAAAGAUGCUGAAUACCAAAACGUAUUUGGAGUGGCCUAAAGACCCGAAGCAGCAGAUCUUCUUUUGGGCUCAGCUGAAGAGUGUGCUGGGCAAACCUGUUCUCACCAGGGAUCGGACCCUCAGUAUGAGAACUAGAAUUUCAUCAAGAGGCAGCGAAUCUGUGUCAGAGCUUCACUUAGAAAAUCCAAUGACAGGACAGCCAGAUGUACACAGUCAGGAAGUAGCUCUCUCAGAAAUGAAUAGGGAUGAAGUGAACAUGGAAAUGAAUGAAACUGAUCUCUCCCUACAGAGGUAGCGUUCGUUAUGAUCCUUACCAUACAUCAAAGAAACUGCUUUCCACAGCCAAAAUUCCCUGGCUAAUUGGUGCCCUCAUAUGGCAAAGCAGGGCUGGGUCAUUCCAUUUAAACUCAACAAAUGGCCUUUUUCGGCCCUAUCUUGAUUUUUUUUUUUUAAUUUGGCAUGUGAAUUACACCUGCCUUCCAGAGCUCAGAAUUUAAUAAUAAAAAAAAAUGUUCCUGCGUUUAACAUCAUUUUUUUCAUUUGAGAUGUAGCACAUUUUUAUAGCAUUCGUAGCAAAAAAUGAUAACCCACAGUGUUAUUGAGCUGUACCGUCUUUAUCGUCACAGCUACAUGGUUCACCUGCAUCAUUUUCACCCCCAACGACUUCAGCACAAACCGCACCCUCCAACUCGUAAUCUCAAACUGAACUUUGCAGAAAAAGCUUUAAUUGAAGUGUUUUGUUUAUUAGUGUUUACUUGAGGUGCCAGUAAACAAAAUAAAAUGACUAGUUUAUCCUUUGAUUUUCUGUAAUCAGUCACGAGUUCUCUCGACCUUCAAGUAUGUUUCAGGCUGUACGAUUCAUAUGGACACGUUUUACGGUUUAUUUGGCAACUAAUACAAAUUCUCUUUUCGUUAAUUAUGGGCUAGAUUUUCCUCCUUAUUUUCAGUUUGAAAUUUUGGCUUAUUAUCAACAGAGACACAAGGUUCUUUCUCUUUACCAAAGGUGACUAUUUGGAUUAUUUGGUGUGAAUCGCUCUCAGCCGACAAAAUAAAUUUUAAUGUCAUGUGACCUAAAGUUGUCAUGUUUGCAGUAUCGGUUUAAACUAAUAUACUCUUAUUAAAAGGGGUUUGCUUUAUGUUUAAAUGUAAUAUGAAUGUACUAUAUGAUAAAAAAGCGAGUCAAAUUUGUUAUAUCACUGGAUCUAGCAGUAUAUGAAGCAGCCAAUGACAUGAAUCCUGAGAGUCCACUGGAGCUAUGGGCUGUGCUUUGCACUGAAGCUGUUUGGAGAGAGACAGCUCCUUGGGGAGGGGGGGGGUUUUCAUGGAGUGCAAGCCUCGUAAGUCCUACACCCCAUGGAAUAACCGAAUUUUUGAACAAUACUAUUUUAAUUUUGUUUGAAAGCAGUUAAAUGGUAAUUUCUUCCCAAUAGUUUUUUUUUUAUUAUUGGGGUGCUUGUCCAGUGAAGGGGGCCAAGUAACAGGCCAAUGUUUUAUAUACAAGUAGUACACAUGCAAUUUUCAUUAUAAAGAAAUUAACUUGAUAUUCCGAGUCCUUUUGCUGUAUUUUGGCGAAAUGUAGUUUGCAGGAAUAACUUUGACCUUGAAAAGAGGAAAUUGUAGCUGGAAUAAUACAAAAGUUACAGCUCAUAAAAAAAACAACACCUGGAAUGACCAUUUUUCUGUUACAAACCCUUUACCAAACUGUAGGUAUCUUCAGGGGAAAAAAAUUCUGAGCUCUGGAAAGUAUGUCUAAUUCACAUGGUUAUGCAAAAAACGUUUCGGAAAAUUUUAUUAGAAUUAAAUGAGACGGCUAACGUGUGCUCCCAGCAGGAAGACGUGAAGCACUGGCUGAGCUGAGGUGCACGGAAAAGAAUCUUUAUAGACUGUCGUUCAGCCUAAAUGAAUUCCAACACUGACCUGAGGAGCAGAGUAAUGUACAAGGUUUAACUGACGUGGCAUGUGUUUUCUCAGUGUGUAGAUGUUUUCAUUUUAUUGAAGCUUCCUCCAUGGUGGUGCAGUGGUUAGCACUGUUGCCUCACACCUCUGGGACCCGGGUUCGAGUUUCCGCCUGGGUCACAUGUGUGUGGAGUUUGCAUGUUCUCCCCAUGUCGUCAUGGGGUUUCCUCCGGGUACUCCGGUUUCCUCCCCACAGUCCAAAAACAUGCUGAGUCUAAUUGGAGUUGCUAAAUUGCCCCGUAGGUGUGCCUGUGUGAGUGAAUGGUAUGUGUGUGUGCCCUGCGAUGGGCUGGCCCCCCAUCCUGGGUUGUUCCCUGCCUCGUGCCCAUUGCUUCCGGGAUAGGCUCCAGACCCCCCGCGACCCAGUAGGAUAAGCGGUUUGGAAAAUGGAUGGAUGGAUGGAUGAAGCUUCCUUCUGAAUUGUAUUUGGAGGAAUAUUCCUUGAUAUUCUUGGAAUUUAUAUACAUACAGCAUUAUUUUUCAUACUUAAAAAUGUAUUUUAGAUUAAGGGCGUUACAUAGUUUUAAUACUUUAUUUAAAGUUCACGUUUUGCACUGUAUUGUAUGGAAUUCACUACACAUGAAAAGUAUUUUUUUUAAAAACAUGCAUCCUGUAUAAUAGAAAGGUGCAUGACUCCUACAACUCAAUUAAAUCUAAUACUAAGUAUUUUUUUAAUUAGGAAAAAAAUCACAAAUGCUAAGUUUUGUAAUAUGGUAUAUUGUGUUUUUCUUAGUAAACUUCUUUGUAAGAACUUUGUAAGAUGGUCUUUACUGGGUAAACUUUAGAUAGGUACUUUAUUAAUCUUAAGAGGGAAACGAUGACCAUUUAAGAUGAUGACUAUUAGCUUCUGCUCUUUAACAGUGUUGGCAUGAAUCCUUGCAAGGGCAAGGUGGGUAACAUCAUUCAAGGGGCACCACGGGUCACCAGCAACACUGCAUACCCUAGACACCAAGUAUGCUUCAACUAGAGUCUUUAAAUCUUUUAAUGGAAGUCUGCGUUUUUAAUGUCAGCCUGCCUGAACUGAAUGAGAGUAGCAUGCUACUGUAGCUCAGUGCAGUCCUGGUCAGCCCGUUAAGAGACAUAGGCAGCAAAGCAGAAAUGGGCAGCAAGGCUUGCUGGGAAGGGCACUGGCAGUGAAGCUUGCCGGGAAGGGCACUGGCAGCGAGGCUUGCCGGGAAGGGCACUGGCAGUGAAGCUUGCCGGGAAGGGCACUGGCAGCGAGGCUUGCCGGGAAGGGCACUGGCAGUGAAGCUUGCCGGGAAGGGCACUGGCAGCAAGGUUUGCCGGGAAGGUCACUGGCAGUGAAGCUUGCCUAGGGUGCCUCCUGGGCUUUGACUCACACUGGCUCAGUGGGUUAACUCAACUAUUUUUUAUUUUUUUUUUAUACCAAACUUGGAUGCCCAUAGAAUUUUAUUUUAUAUAGAUUUAUUCUCUCUGGUUCACAUGCAUAGAAAUGUACUUCAUGAUUAGUCACUGUUACAAAAGAAGCAGCAAGUCAGAACAAUGAACUCAAGUGCCUGAACUGCUACAUAGUCUUUUUAUGAUAUCAGUUAAUUCAUCUAAAUAGUUUUUGGUACAUAAAUGUAAUCGAUUUAUGCAUGCGUGCUUGCACUCCCUCAAGUUAGGCUAAUUCCUAGUGAUCUGAUGGGCUAUAUUCCCAAAUAUAUCUCCCGGUUGCCUAGUUAUUGUAACUUAGCCUGCCUAAUGUAGCCUAUGCCAAGAUUUGUUUUGAGGUUUUGUUGAACAGAAUCAUAUUUGAUGGACAUGAAUAUGAUGGGAAUGCAGUUAGCUUCAGCUUCUCGUCGUGUGGUAAUUAGAGAUGGAAGCUUUAGUUUCCAGAACAAAAAGGAAAGGAUGGUGUGUUUUUUUUUUUUUCAUGCGACACAGCUCCACUACAUCAGGUUUCCGAUCACCGGGGCAACGCCUGCCGAGACUAGCUUUGUUGACUCAUCUACGGUCGGCCUCGAUGAGUGACUUCCCUGCCACGGUGUUUCCUAUCCUCUCUGUACCCCAGGGGUUCAGUAAACUAACCUAAACGUAAAUAUUAGUGGGUCUACGAACAGACGGGUGGACUUGUACUCUUCCUGUAAAAGGCCUGCCAUGUGCUUCGAUGAGAUCACACACUGCGCUUUCCCUUCAUGACGUCGCAUGCACUGCGGUGGUUUUAGUUGAUAAUCAGAUGCAAUGCUCGUGCAUUUUCUGCUUAUGUUUUCUUUGAAAAUGAUUAUAGGUUUGACGGAAAGCUACAUAUGUGUAAAACAGGAUUUCAGCUUUGGAACAGGCUCAAUAAUGAAUUUAUUCGUAAUGUGGUUUUAUUUAUCAUUCCUUUAAUUUGUUCAUUUUCGCCUGCAUAAUGUGGAUUUAUGUUAAUGCGCGUAUCGGUACACACAAGCGCAAUGAGGUUAUCUGCAUUUUUUGGAAGGUUUGGCUACACUGAGAUGUUCAAUGAUCUGCACGUCGGCAAUUCAAUAUUCAUUAUUCUUUAUACCACCAGUACUGUAAGAAGCUCGGGCUCAAUGAUUGCUGCUAGUAACAGAGAACAGAGAGAGUGUUGUAAGACCCCAGGGAUGAGAGGAAAUUGUGCAUGGUUCAUUAAAUUCUUCCACUUAGUGAUAACUGCACAAGGAACAUAGUUCAGGAAAAAUGCAAUACAAAAUAAAAGUAAAUAAGAUUCGAUGGUCCUCUAGUGUAUGGAACUGUGUAAAUUAUAAGCAGCUAAAUGAAAUGUACACUUUAGGAGAAACGCUAAUGGGACUUUACCCAAAGAGAUGUUACAAAAAAGAUUCGAAGUGGAAGAAAAAUGCAACAUGAACAUAAAAGCGUCGAGUAGUGGGCUAAGACGUGGCGCUCUAUCGCGCCAAAAAAAAAAGCUGAAAUUAACGCCUAGAUUCCAGAAAAUAAGAUAUAGUUGAUUGUGUUAUGUGUAUUUACAUAUCUGAAGUAAAGAAAGUGGAUAUGCCUCGUCUAAUUAAAAAAGAAAAGAAAAACACAAUCAGUUCUUAUUAAAUAACCCGAGGGUCCUAUGUUAAUGUACAGCGUGCUGCUGGACCUGAGCCACAAAUUUUGUUCUCUUCAUGUGACGUGUUACGAAUGACAGUAAAGUGAACUUUGAACCUUA